AGUUGACUGAUGUAGUUGACUUAGUUACUCUAUAAUAAAUGAAAAUGACAAAAGUUACAUUAAAAUAGCCGUUAUGAAGAUGUAAUACUGACAGGUGAGUAAGAAUUUCACUGAAAAUGUAAAAAAGAUGAUCUAUGUGAUCAUUUUUGCAGGUCUGAGACUGCAAUUUUUUUCUACCAGUGAGUGGGAUAUAUAAGCACCAUCUAGCAUUCCGAAUUUCCAUCAUCUCUGCAUCAAGACGGUACACUCUCUACACACGUAAAACCAAGACACCACACCACAGUAGAGCAAGUGAAGUUUCAUAUUCCUCAAACUGUGAAACUCAAAAGGUGGCCAAUUAAUUUUACUACUUUUUUCUCUUACAACUUCAACACAAUCUAAUAGUUACAUGACUUGUUGCAUCUUCGGAGCCUCUUCUUUAAUAAUAUGUAUUCAUUUACCUGCUGUUUUUCUCUAAAGUGUUAAGUUGUCAUACUCAUUUAUGUUUAAUGAUCUAGCCAUUAGUUCGAUUGAGUAACUUUUUAAUCACAGUGUGUGAUUGAGAAAAACAACCAUGCUGGGGCUGCUAGGGGAGGUACAAUUCCAACUUCGAUUUCUAGGCUAUACUUCUAACCAUUGGCGUUUGCAGCUGCCCGCAAAUCACAGCGACACCGCUGUGAAGUGACCGUUACUGCCUUUGCUACACUCGGCCAGGACGAACAGUCCGAGUGCGUACACUGGACGGCAGUUUCCGGGACGCCGUGUUUCGGAAUCCUCGUGGCAAUAGGCUCCUCCUCCAUUUGUGCUGUAGACGGCAGGGCCAAUGAGAUUGCACUUCUAAAACAAUGACCUCAUCUCUCCCUUUCUGAUUGGUUUGCUAUAUUAGGAAAGGAACUGGCGCUUUAUAAAGGAUAGGCGGCUCACGCUGGAAAACAGUCAGGGAGUUGUUGAAUGGUUGGAGUAGAAGUGGGUAUACUCCUCGGAAGCAGUUUUUCAGCGCUCGUGAGCUUAGGUGCUGUACGCUUAAAGCUUUAUGUAACAUAAGGAAAAAAGAAAGGAAUGGCCGCAAUUCGUAAGAAACUAGUGGUGGUGGGAGACGGCGCCUGCGGGAAGACGUGCCUGUUGAUCGUGUUCAGUAAGGACGAGUUCCCCGAGGUCUACGUGCCCACCGUGUUCGAGACCUACGUGGCGGACAUCGAGGUGGACGGCAAGCAGGUGCAGCUGGCACUGUGGGACACGGCCGGCCAGGAGGACUACGACAGGCUCCGCCCUCUCUCGUACCCGGACACGGACGUCAUCCUGAUGUGCUACUCCGUAGAUAGCCCGGACUCGCUAGAAAACAUUCCCGAAAAGUGGGUGCCGGAGGUAAAGCACUUCUGCCCCAGCGUGCCCAUCAUCCUCGUGGCCAACAAGAAGGACCUGCGGCACGACGAGGGCAUCCGGACCGAGCUGUCGCGGUUGAAGCAGGAGCCCGUGAAAGCCGAGGACGGCCGGGCCAUGGCCGUGCGCAUCGGCGCCUACGACUACGUGGAGUGCUCGGCCAGGUCGAAGGAAGGCGUGCGGGACGUGUUCGAGACGGCGACGCGCGCCGCGCUGCAGAAGAGACCCCGCGCGCCGGGCCGCUGGUCGCGCCGCUGUCUGCUGCUCUGAGCCGCCGGCUGUCCCUGCUGAAGUGAAGAAGAAGGUCCUCACCGGGGAAGCCACACGGCUCCAGAACUCACAGCUCUGCGUCGGUUUACGUCACGGUUUGAAGCGGGAAAGCUCACCGUCAAACAGUCUCUCGUGCCUCGCUCACAGUCAAGUGUCUCAGGUGUAUGGAUGAAGGGUUCGGGUCAGUUGCACGUAGAUAAACGUUAUGAAUAAAUGUAUAUCAGGGCUCCAUGAGAUGAGAAUUCUCUGAGGAUGGAAUAGGUAUAGGAUUGAUGAAUUCUGUGGGAUUCACCUUGUCCUUGUAUUCAAAAGUCUUGAAAUGUGCCUGUUUGCUUUGGUGUAUACGACGUGACGUCAUUGCACAAGACCUUGGGUUUUUUUUUUUUUUUUUAAUUAAUCACGUCUGUCUCAGUAUUGAAACACUGCUGCAUUAUUUGAACUCUUGAGUAUUUUUUUCAGGCCAUGUCCUGUGUCCUUCCUGCACUGUAUAAUAAACCAUGCAGACAUUUUGUAUUGAAUGCAGUAAUACCUGUUGCGUACAAAGUACAAAAUGUUCCUGUUCUGUCAUUUUAUUGUAUUUUUAUAUGUCUAAGAAGCCUCUGACAUAGUGAUUGUUUUUUUUUAAAAAAGAACUAAGUGAUAUGAGGUGUAUAGUUUUACACUGGGCUGUGAAGAGUUGUGUAACAACUUUUUCUGAGGUAAAAUAUUAAAAAUUUGAACAUCCUUGUUUUUGCUCUUGUAUAAUCUUGAUUUGUUAAGGUGUAGUCUAUGUAAUAUUACAAGUUUUAUGUUUAAUAGGUGCUUAGGGGUCUAACAUUCAGUUUUAAAGUUCUUGCCUCAAUCAAAAUGGUGGAGAUUAAGAAAGUUCUGUUUCUGGAACAUGAAUGUUGUAAAAAUGUCUUGCCUUUCAUAAGACAUGGUGCAAAAGGUACCUUUUCUUUGCUGUGACUAUUAUAUUCCAUACGUUUUAAUACUCAGCAUUGUUCAUAAGGGAGUAGCAGCAAGAUUAUGAAGAAUUCAGAGCUCUGGGCACCCCAGGAAAUGACUAUUCUCGUAAAUAAACAUUCUGUUAAUAAACUGAGGAGCUGGGAAGGGGGGGAAAACCAUGUUCAAAUUUUGUCAUAGAUGCAUGUAUCACAGUACCAGUGUGACCAGUGAUGCAGCAGAGAAAAAUCUUCUGUCCAGUUUCAUCAUGGCCAUGGAAGAAAUAAACUUGAUGAAAGUGUUAGGAUUUUCUCUUGUAUGUGUGCUGCAGUGAAUAUUUGUGGUUUUGGAGUGUUUUACAGGUGAUAAAGCUCAUGAUCUCUUCCAGUUGUCCUGGGCAUGUCAGCUUGCAACACUGCAUAACUAUGCGCAGUUGUGUUAAGCUGCACAAUGUCAAACAUAUCAAAGAUGAUGACUGAACUUGAACUGAAAUUCCAUUAGAAUGACGUCCCUUAAGAGUUCUUAGUUAAACUAUGGUUUCAUGAAACAUUGUCCUUAUCCUUUGGGAAAGCUGGCAAAAUAAACAAUUAUAGCAACUAUUGCUGGUUAA